CAUCCUGCCACCAAUAUGUUGAGCGCUGAGACUUUUCGAAAAUGGAGAUGCGCACAAGAUUCGUGUGGAAAGCAGGCAACAGUUACUUUAAAAUUAGAACGAUUAAGUUCCAUCCAUUCUGUUGAUAUUGGCAAUAAUGGAUCUGCAUUUGUUGAAGUUCUUGUUGCACGGGAAGGUGUAGAUUAUCAGGUCCUGCUGGUUGCAUCAUCAUUCAUGACACCAGGAGAAUCUAGAAAUAGCUCAGAUACAAAUCGUGUGCGUAUGUUCGGUCCAGAUAAGCUGAAUAAAAACAUAGCCGAGCAGAAAUGGGAUCGUGUUAAGGUCAUAUGUACCCAGCCCUUUAAUAAGACACUGCAGUUUGGAUUAUCAUUUAUAACUGUAACAGCCUCUUCUGAGGGCUCGGGUGACUCCACCCCUAAAGUCACCAAACUUGGUAGUUUCACCCUGAAAGAUGAGGAAGAGGAAGAUCCAAUAUCAGUUGGGUCUAUUUUUGCUCGAAGGAAGGAGAAAGAAACAUCCUCCCCACUUACAGGUGCAGCAGCCAUUCGUGCAGCUUCUGCUUCAGCUGUGUCUUCAGCUUCAACUCCAGAUUCAAAGAAAACUAAACCGUUUAAUGCUCCAGAUGUUGGAUUCUAUCAGUUGAAGAAAAAUGCAUCUCCAGCACCAGAACGGCCAAAACCACUGCAGCCUUCCACGCAGUCAUCAUCUGAUGCUCACGAAGAGAGAGGCAAAGAAAAAAGAAAAGAAAGAGACAGAGAUUCUGACAAACAUAGAGAACGUGAUAAACGAAGCAAAGAUACAGAAAGUAGAGUUGACAAGGAGAAGGAAAAACCAAAAAAAGAAGGAGGUAGUGAUCGAAAUUCAUCCUCAGAAAGCAACAAGAGGAAGAAUGACUCCAGAGACUUAAAGAGAACAUCUUCUCAUGAAAAUAAGCGGACAGCAUCACCAUCGUCAUCAUCAGCUUCUUCAGGCUCGUCAUCCAAGAGAAAAACAGCUCCUUUUACCUCCUUGUUGAAAGGUGUCACCUUCGUUCUAAGUGGGUAUCAGAAUCCUCUGCGAUCACAGAUUCGAGAUAUGAUGCUGGAAAUGGGAGCAAGGUAUAAACCUGACUGGGAGCCAUCUUGCACUCAUCUUAUAUGUGCCUUUGCUAACACUCCCAAAUAUCAGCAAGUGAAAGGCAAGGGUAAAAUAGUCACAGCAAAGUGGAUAUCGGAUUGCCAUAAAAACAAGAUUCGUUAUCCUUGGAGAAGGUAUGCACUUCCCAGCAGAUAAUGCCAGAGAGAGUGA